CCCACCUCCUACUGGAUUCAACGCGAUACUCAGGCGAGGGAGGCUCAAUGAGGUAUCGCGCAUAACUUGCCCUCUUCAGCGAACGAUGCCCCCGCCUCCCCCUCCCUUUCGGUUGACUCGCUGCUUUGAUCUCCGUGAACAACAGGCACGUCAUUGCUCACUGCUCCGAGGGGGUGUCUUAUUUGGGGGAGCGACGUUUAGCAGCCUCCAGAGAGCUGGAACAGCAGUCAGUCACGAGCAGCAGUCAGCAUCCGCGGAACUUAGGGAAACUUGGGAAAGGAAACGUUCACUUGUUCAAGUAUCUCCACACACACCUCAAGUGAAUGCUGACGGAAUGGAACACCAGAUAAUUUGCUGCGAGGUGGAGACCAUCCGGAGAGCCUACCAAGAUUCUAACUUGUUGAAUGACAGAGUUUUACAGACAAUGCUGAAAGCGGAAGACAAUUAUCUCCCCGCAACGAACUACUUCAAAUGUGUUCAGAAAGAAAUCGCUCCUUACAUGAGGCGAAUUGUCUCAACGUGGAUGCUGGAGGUUCGUGCGCAGUGUUCUGUGACUCAGAAACAGCUUAGCCAGACCAUGCAGAUCUCUGAACAUGAUCUAUUUAGCCUACAGGCCUAAAAUAAUAAGUAAUUGCCAUGUAAAGUGUGCUGACUGCUUGUGUUUGUCCCGCAAGUUGUUUAAAUCGAUAAAAAAAAGUAUUUAUUGCAAUUAUUGAUCAAGCGUAGUUUGUCUUUUGAAGAUGAUGUUGUCCAUGUCGACUCUAUGUUCCCUAUGCAUAGGCCUAUAAGUCUACAGAAGAUUAGCCUACAUCUGUUCUUAAAGAUUACAAUGCAAAUAACGUUGUUACAUUUAAUUCAAUAUGUAUUUAUUUAAUGUGAACGUAUAGGUGCUACGUCAGUCCCCAGUGCGCCAUCUUAGUUUUCUUGUGGUUAAGAAAUAGCCAAUAGGUGUUUUAUAAACUCUUGGAAUCAUGUCAUAGUUGCUUUCGAUAUGAAUGCUGCAAUCCAAUGUUUAGGCUAUCGAACUUACAUUGAACACAAGCAAUAGAAGGUUUGCGAGGAGCAAAAAUGCGAAGAAGAAGUUUUUCCGCUAGCUAUGAAUUAUUUGGACAGGUUUUUAUCUGUUGAACCCACAAAGAAGACCAGGCUACAGUUGUUAGGAGCUACCUGCAUGUUUUUGGCGUCUAAAAUGAAGGAGACCAUCCCUCUGACUGCAGAGAAGCUUUGUAUAUACACCGACAACUCCGUCCGACCCAGCGAACUAUUGCAAAUGGAACUGCUUGUGUUGAACAAACUGAAAUGGGAUCUAGCGUCAGUGACGCCUCAUGAUUUCAUUGAGCAUUUCCUGUCUAAAUUGCCUAUCCAGCCGGCCUCCAGACAGACACUGCUGAAGCAUGCCCAGACCUUCGUGGCUCUUUGCGCAACAGAUGUAAAAUUCAUUGCCAACCCUCCAUCCAUGAUUGCUGCAGGAAGUGUGGCUGCAGCCAUACAGGGGCUCCAUCUCGAAAGCAUGGAUGAUGCCAUGUCAUCACAGAAACUCAACGACUUGCUGGCCCAAGUCAUCCGCAGUGACCCGGACUGUCUCAGGGCCUGCCAGGAGCAGAUAGAGUCCCUCCUAGAGACCAGCCUCCGCCAAGCUCAACAACAAGCUGUCUCCACGGAAACCAAGAGCAUGGAGGAGGAGGUGGACCUCUCCUGUACACCGACCGACGUGAGGGACAUCAACAUCUGAUUGGACGAUUGGUCUAUCUGUCCCUGGGGGAGAGCCAAUGAGACGAGCUGUGGAAAGAGGAGGCAUAGACUGGUGCUGACGACGCACUGCAGUCUGUUGCCUGACUCUCCUCCUGUUCCUGACACACACACACUUGGCUUCUGAGUGUGUGUGUGGCCUGAUUAUCUGGAGUGUGAUCAGUGUUUUUGUGCUCGUCUCAUUCCUACACUUGCUUCCUGCCUCCCCAUUGGCUAGACUGAGGCAGCAUGAUGAACUAGGCCCAGCUACUCUUCCUGUUGACAAGACAAACUUGAAAAAGAGACUAAAUAUGUAGUACUGUAUGUGUGAGCGACCGAUGCUAGCAGAGAUAGACACGAGACCGAGAGAUAGACACAAACUGCAGAAUAAUACAUUAUUGUCCCUGUUUAGUGUUGCUGUUUGGAAGGGAACACGAUAGUUGGUUUGAAACAAUCUCUGAAAUAUAAUUCUUUGUUUAAAAUCACUUCUUUAACCUCCCAAUCAUUGGGAAUAGAGACUGCUUGAUCUAGUUUUUUAGCAUACUUAGCUAGUUCCCUCAUAAAUCUGAAUGGUGAUGGGUCCUACACACUGUUAGAAGAACAGUGGAGCUAAUCAACAAGGAACUACGGAAUAUUUGCUCAAAAACUAAAUAGCAUUCUGCCAUCUCUGAGAGAUCCGACCAUUAAUACUAUACGUAAGAUAACUUGGUCCAAAAUAUUUAUCCUGUUGUUACUUACCAUUCCAACAAAAAAGCACUUUGGGACACUAGCUCCUCACUGACUAUUAUGAAAACCACACUGGCAGUGAACAUACAGGAUGGAAUGGUUUGGGAACAUUGACUGACACAUCCGUAAUGUUGAACUGAAGUAUAAAACGUUGUGUAUUCUGGGAAAAAAAUUAUGUAAUCUACAUGUCCAGAUGUUCUCACCUGAGGGGUUUAGUGCUGUGCUGACAGUGGACACAGUUUAAGGUGCCAUACUUCAUUGUAGUCUGAUAGUUCACAAUUGCUGCCUUGGCAUCGGUAGACAUUCACACACACCAUCCGAAGCUUUUGAUAGUUAUGUAAUUCUUAGUGAUAUAUAGAUGAAUACUAUUUAUUACAGAAUAUUAUUUUUGUUUUCCUGGCCAGUUGAUAAACUGAUUAUGUAAGGCUAAGGUCCGUGGUAAAUAUAGGAUUGCUGACACUCUAGUCAGUGACACUGUUUAAGCCCCUGAUCACAAUCCUGCUACCAGACAUAAAAGAACACGCUAUUGAAAGUAUUCAUUUGCUCAGUGAAUGUUGAGGGAGGAAAAAAAUUGAUAAAUGAAAGGUCAUCUGUGUAAAAAAUGGACGAGUUUGAAAUCAUCCAUGAGAAAGAAAUGAAAUGGCUUUUAAAUUAUUUUGCACAAAUUCAAAGAUAUUUUUGGCGUUAUUGUUGGUGAUCAGCAGAUAAUGGAGCUGGAAAAGCUAACUUAAGUUGCUGAAGCAUGGCUUGCAGAGGGGAAGGGAAUGGGGGGAGGGGAGUGAGGGUAUGUGAUUGACUGCAGAAUCAAAGUUGUAACUGUACAGUGGGAAGAGAUGGACGAGAGAACACUCCUCAGACACUAUAUAAGCUGCUAUGGAGGAUUUCCCAGUAACGUUUGAUGACUUUAAAUGAAAACAAGAAAAGAAAAACUAUGCUUUUUUCCUCUUAUCAAAGUGUUUGCUGCUAUUUUGUGGAUAUUGUUUUUUUAUUAUAAAAAUGUCAAUAUACUGCCAUGCAAUAGGAUUUAAUUUUCUCAUAGAAAAUUAUGAUAUUAUUGACAUUGUCACUGUUUUGUAGUGCAUGUGAUCAAUUUAUUUUUCUUUAAAAAAAAAAAGUAAUAAAAGUAAUUAUGUGA